AUGAGAAAGGUAAUUACGGUUGAUGGCACCCAUUUACAUGGUAAAUAUGAGGGCGUGUUAUUGAGCGUUGUUGCACAAGAUACGGAAAAUCAUGUUUAUCCAAUUAUUUUUUGUGUCAUGGACAAAGAGAAUGAUGCAUCUUGGACAUUCUUCUUUGAGAAAUUGAAGGAGAUUAUGGUCGAUGAACCAGAUUUCUGCUUUAUCUCCUAUAGACACAAGAGCAUCGCCAACGGCAUUAUGAACGUUUACAAUUAUGCUCACCACGGAUAUUAUUGUUUGAGGCACCUCAGUGAAAAUCUCUGCAUAAAUCAUCAUUGUGGAGAUUACCUUUAUCUUUACUACAAUGCGGCAAAGGCUUAUUCUUUGGAGGAAUUUGACAAUCAUUUUGUAGAAUUCAAGAACAAAUGUCCCGCGGCAGCCAUCGUCCUUGAGUAUGAUAUUGGUUUUGAGAAGUGGAUCAGGGCACAUUAUCCUGGCAAUAGAUACGAUGUGAUGACCACAAAUAUCGUCGAGUCACUCAAUGCUAUGUUGAUAGACAAAAGGGAGUAUUAUAUGGCAUCAAUAUUUAAUUCGAUUGCUAAGAGGUUUGGAGAAUUGUUCAGGGAGAGGCAUGCAUAUAUCCUUAAAUCAAUGGGUAAUCAAAUGGUGCCUUCUGCUGAAAAAAUUGCAAGAAAGAAAAUGAUCGAGGGCGACUCCUUAUAUAUGGAGAACGUAACCGGGGACGGCAAUCAAUUUACCGUGUUCGGUGCAGGUGUUACUUCCUAUGUGGACCUACUGGAAAAGUCAUGUUCUUGUAGAGAAUAUGACUUGAUCAAGAUACCUUGUGCUCACGCGAUGGCUGCUUUGCGAUCGAAGCAUGGCAAUGAGUAA